CUUGGACUGUGGGCCGGGCUAUGCGGCCGCGGGGAGCAGGGGCUGCCGGCGCGCGUCCCUGCCGCGGCGGCGGCGUCCCCGGGGCCCGCACCCCGUGUGCGCCCGCUCCCUCUGCCGAGCGGCGUCUUUGUGUGCGGGGGUGUGGGAGGUGCCGCGCGAGUCCGCGCCGCGCCGCGCCGAGCCGCCGAGAGCCCGCUCCCUCCCCGGGAGGGUGGGGGCCUCUCCGCGCCGCCCGCCGCCGACGCCUCGCGAGGACGCCCGCGGCCCGCGCCGCCCGCACCACGCCGGGCGCGCCACCCCCGCCCGCCGGCGCCGCUCGCACAUGCCCGAGCCGCAGCCCCGCGAGCAGGCAGCGCCGGCCCCCAGCCCCGCGGCCCCGGGCCCCGGCUCCGGCGCCGUCCCUCCUCCCGGGCCGGGCGCCGCGGCCCCGGCAUGAGGAGCGGGCGAUGAUCCCCGCCAACGCCUCCGCCAGGAAGGGGCCCGAGGGCAAGUACCCGCUGCACUACCUCGUGUGGCACAACCGCCACCGCGAGCUGGAGAAGGAGGUCCGCGCCGGCCAGGCGGACAUCGAGCAGCUGGAUCCUCGUGGCCGGACUCCCCUGCACCUGGCCACCACACUGGGACACCUCGAAUGUGCCCGAGUGCUCCUGGCACAUGGUGCAGAUGUGGGCAGGGAGAAUCGCAGCGGCUGGACAGUGCUUCAGGAGGCUGUAAGUACCCGGGACCUGGAGCUGGUGCAGCUGGUGCUACGGUACCGGGACUACCAGCGGGUGGUGAAGCGGCUGGCAGGCAUCCCGGUGCUGCUGGAGAAGCUGCGGAAGGCGCAGGACUUCUACGUGGAGAUGAAAUGGGAGUUCACUAGCUGGGUGCCUCUGGUGUCCAAGAUCUGCCCUAGCGACACCUACAAAGUGUGGAAGAGUGGGCAGAACCUCCGGGUAGACACCACACUGCUGGGCUUUGACCACAUGACGUGGCAGCGAGGGAACCGCAGCUUUGUCUUCAGAGGCCAAGACACAAGUGCUGUGGUCAUGGAGAUUGACCACGACCGCCGGGUGGUGUACACAGAGACCCUAGCGCUGGCGGGGCAGGACCGUGAGCUGCUGCUGGCUGCCGCCCAGCCCACCGAGGAGCAGGUGCUCAGUCGGCUCACAGCACCCGUGGUCACCACACAACUCGACACCAAGAACAUCUCCUUCGAGAGGAACAAGACCGGCAUCCUGGGCUGGCGCAGUGAGAAGACAGAGAUGGUGAAUGGGUAUGAAGCCAAGGUAUAUGGGGCAUCCAACGUGGAACUCAUCACCCGCACGCGGACAGAGCAUCUUUCUGAACAGCACAAGGGCAAGGUCAAAGGCUGUAAGACACCUCUACAGUCCUUCCUGGGAAUCGCUGAGCAGCACGGGGGCCCCCAGAAUGGGACCCUGAUCACUCAGACUCUGAGCCAAGCCAACCCCACUGCCAUCACUGCAGAAGAGUACUUCAACCCCAACUUUGAGCUUGGCAACCGGGACAUGGGGCGCCCCAUGGAAUUAACCACCAAGACACAGAAGUUCAAGGCCAAGCUGUGGCUGUGUGAGGAGCACCCCCUGUCCCUGUGUGAGCAGGUGGCCCCCAUCAUUGACCUCAUGGCAGUCAGCAAUGCUCUCUUCGCCAAGCUCCGGGAUUUCAUUACCCUGCGCCUGCCUCCUGGUUUUCCCGUCAAGAUUGAAAUCCCGAUCUUCCACAUCCUCAAUGCCCGAAUCACCUUUGGGAACCUUAAUGGCUGUGACGAGCCGGUGCCGUCUGUGCGAGGCAGCCCCAGCAGUGAGACCCCCUCCCCAGGCAGCGACUCUUCCAGCGUCAGCAGCUCCAGUUCAUCAACCUCCUGCCGUGGCUGUGAGAUCUCUCCCACUUUGUUUGAGGCCCCACGUGGCUACAGCGUGCUGGGCGGCCAGCGGGAGGUGGCACCCCGCGAUGAGGAUGAUGACCUGCUGCAGUUUGCCAUCCAGCAGAGCCUGCUAGAGGCAGGCAGUGAGUAUGAUCAGGUCACCAUCUGGGAGGCUUUAACCAACAGCAAGCCAGGCACUCACCCCAUGUCCUACGAGAGCCGCCGGCAGGACAGGUGCGUCUGGGAGCCCUCGACGUAUCUUCCCCGCCCCCAGGAGCGCCCCGCCCACGCCGCGGCGCCCGCCCGCUUCCCCAGCGUCGCUGGCGUCAAGGACGCCGGUCCCCAGCCGGCGGCCAAGCCCCGGCGCGGGCGGUCACGUGUUCCGGAGCUACGACGAGCAGCUGCGUCUGGCCAUGGAGCUGUCGGCGCAGGAGCAGGAGGAGCGGCGGCGGCGCGCGCGCCUGGAGGAGGAGGAGCUGCAGCGCAUCCUGCGGCUCUCGCUGACCGAGCAGUAGCGCCCCCUGCCGGCGCCCUGGGCCACGCCACCCGCGACCCACCCCGAGGCGAGGUCAGCCCCUGCCGGUUUGCCCUCCGAACUGCAGCUGGAGACUGGAGCCGCCGCCUCAGGGGCCUGGUGGAGCACAGAGCGCCAGAGGGGGAGCGGUUUGGCACGGGGUACCUUUCCGGGCCAGGGCCCUGGAGGCAGCUGGCACGGCCGUGUCCCCCAGCUUUGCUGUACCCUAACCCCCAGCCUCCUCCCCGGGGCUCAGAUCUGUCCAAGGGCAGAGCCCGGUGGUCCUGAGGGGAGACGGACGGGGUCGUUAGAGGAGCAGUGUCCCCACUCCUUGCUCCUCCUGGCCGGCCCUCCUCCGCUCAGCGACCCCACUCCAGGACACUGCCCGUGAAAGCCUUUGCAUCUCCGCUCUUCACCCCGGGAGGCAGUUGAGCUCCCCACGUGCUGUGUUGCUGCUUUGUCCUGGACACAAACCAGCACGUCUAGGGCCCAGCCUCUCCCCCACCCCGGCAUUUCAGCGUCAAGUGCACUUAGCGGGGUGCCCGGCUCCCCCAGCCCCCACACCCCUCCCGGGUCUCAGGGUGGUCCCAGCUUCUCCUUGGGCGGUCAGAGAUAGGACUCCUCAUCCUAAGGCAGGUGUUUGCGAUUAGGGCGCCCAAGGUGCCCCUCCUCCGGCCUGGGAAUGGCCUGGCUCUCUCAUGGUUUUUGGCAACGGGGGCAGAUUGGACUGGGGGCAACUAGACCUACACUAGACUGGGCACAAAGGGGUCCCCCAGGGCCCUGGCAACACCACCCACCCCUCCCCACCAGCUGCUGCUAGCCCUCCGUGGUUGUGCGUCCCACUUGCCCUCAACUGAGGGGCUGACUGUAAAACCCUUCAUCCAAUGGUGCUAACCCCCGGCUCUCUCCUGCCCUAUGCCCUCCCCCCCAGAAGCACAGACCCUGCCAGGGGCAGGGGCCCACUGCACACCCUUGUCCAGGUUCUCAGCUUGGUCUUCCCGCCUCUGCCAGGAAGGCUUAAAAGGAAUGCACAAGUGAUAGAAGAAAGGAACACAGAAAAACUUCCUCUCAUCCCCUUCCCUGAUGCCAGGGGCACCAGACUAAUUCUGAGGCACAAAUAAAAGAGGCUUCAAACCUGA